AUGACGCCUCGCUGCUUCAUCAUCCGCCACGGCGAGACUGAAUGGUCCCUCAAUGGACGACACACCGGUGUCACUGACCUGCCGCUGACGGCCAACGGCGAGAAGCGGAUCAAGGCCACGGGGAAAGCGCUGCUUGGUAACGAUCGAUUGAUUGUUCCCAAGAACCUGGUCCAUAUCUACGUAUCCCCUCGCCAUCGCGCACAACGCACUCUCGAGCUUUUACAGAUUGGCUGCAGAGAAAGACUCCCCUGGAACGAGCGCAGGAAGCCCGAGAACGAGGAACCCAUCCGGACGGAAGCCCACGUGGAGAUCACCGACGCGAUCCGGGAGUGGGACUAUGGAGAGUAUGAAGGCUUGACGAGCAAACAGAUCAGGGAGUUGCGCGAAAAAAACGGCCAGGGGCCUUGGGAUAUUUGGACUGAGGGCUGUCCUGGUGGAGAAACCCCCGAAGAUGUCAUCCGGCGCCUCGACGGCUUGAUCGCCGACAUCAGAGAAAAGUACCAUAGCAAGGGCUUCGGUAGCUCAGCAGGUCACAAGUCGGACGUCCUCAUCGUCGCACACGGCCAUAUUCUGCGCGCGUUCGCCAUGCGCUGGAUCGGGAAGCCUCUCUCGGAAACGGCAUUGAUCCUUGAAGCCGGAGGUGUAGGCACACUCAGUUACGAGCACCACAAUAUCGACGAGCCAGCCAUCAUCCUCGGCGGUUUCGUUGUAGAGGGCGAGGAGGACUGA